AUGCUGGCCAAGGACGAGGCCAUGCUGAAGGAUGCCCAGAUGCAGAAGGACAUCCUCGAGACGGCGGGGAAGGCGGAGGGCGGGUCCAGGGAGGAAGCCCGGCAGCAGGAGGCCGAGCUGGCCAGCCUCGAGGCCAUGGCCAAGUCCGUCGCAUCGGCGCCGACGGCGGCCGACAAGCAGCACGCGCCGGCGCCCUCGCAGGUGCAGGCGUCCCUGAAGCACGUUGUGGCCGACCUGCGAGCCCGCGCCGAGAAUCUGACCGCCGCCCUGGAGCGCCUCGACUCCGACGAGAAGAAGCGUGACGGCGAGCUGGAGACGGUAGCGGACAAGGAAGUGCCCACGCAGGGCAAGAAGGACGCCACUCAGCAGGGUCAGGAGAUGUUGACCAUGUUGAGAAAGCAGGCGACGCGGAGCUACAAGAAGGCGCGCGCAGUCAAAGUUGCAGAGUUGGCCGAGCUGAAUGAGGCGAUUGGUAGCAUUCAGAGGGGCGACGUCAAGGCACUUUCGAAUCUGAUGGGCAAGAUGCAGCACGAGUCCAAGCAGCUGAACGCCAAGGCCAGGAAUUUUCUAUACUGA